CUAUGCCCAUGCAAACUUUAUAGAAGUAGUUCGGAUGGAGAAGCUUGAUAAUGAGAAGUUUAUAUUUGGUUUUGAGGUUUCAGAACCAUCAAAGGAUGAGAAAUCGAGGGAGACAUAUGAUCCGACAGAAGGUUCGGUUCUCAAAUGUGGAGAUGAUGAGAUUUCCCACUGAUUGCUGCAUUGUUCAGCUGUCAUCUUCUAUUCCUGUUGAGGCAGAUCCUGAAACCAAAAUGCCUAAAGGAGCAAUAUUUGCUGUGUUUCUCAUAAAUAUGAAGACAUACAAUCGUAUAUGGAAAUGCCUUCGAUUGGGAGCAAAUGAUGGUAAUCUUGCCAAUCUUCAGAACAAAAGCAGUACUAAUAUGGUCAAUCUUGUGCGGCAAUACAAACCAAAGGUAGUGGAAGACAACUCAUCCCAAGUAUCUCAGUGCUUGAAACAUGGAUCAAUGGAUUUCCUUGGCCUUGAGAAGUUAAACCUAAAUGCUUCACAGCUGAAUGCAGUAGCAGAUUGUGUCUCAGUAAUGGAGAACCAAUUGUCUUCCCUAAAACUGAUAUGGGGCCCUCCUGGGACGGGUAAAACCAAAACCAUCAGCACUAUAUUGUGGGCAAUGCUCAUCAAAGGCCGAAAGACACUUACUUGUGCACCUACCAAUACUUCCAUAUUGGAGGUAGCAUCUCGAAUUGUCCGUCUUGUUAGGGGAUGUUCAGAUGGUAGUGCCUGCUUCCUAAGUGAUAUUGUUCUGUUUGGAAACAAAAAGAGGAUGAAGAUAGAUGAUGGUCAUGAGCUUUCUGUGAUAUUUCUUGACUCUCGUGCUGAGCGAUUGUUACCAUGUUUUGUGCCAAACACGGGUUGGAGGCAUUGCUUGUGCUCACUGAUAGAUCUUCUUGAGAAUUCUGUGACCAAGUACAAGUAUUACAUUGAGGAUGUACUUGAGAAAAGGAAGGAUAUAGAAAAGGAGACUGCUGAGAAGGAUAAAGGUGAAAAUGUUCCUUGGAGAAUGCAAUUUGGAAAUGGUAGCUGUGAGAAGAAAUGUGGGAGACCUGAAGAUAAGGAAGAGGCAUCCAGAUUGCUUCCAUUCAAAUAUUAUUUGAAAGAUGGUUACAACAACCUUUCUCAGAAUUUGAGCUAUUGCAUUGAGAUACUGUACAACAAUCAUCCAAGAAAUUCAGGAACAGAACGGAGCUUUCAGUGUAUGCUGGAGGUACUUGAAUUGAUCAAAAUUCUUCAUGGAAUGAUAAACUGCUAUAAGGGCAAUGCUGACAUAUGGUCAGAUGAACUGCUUGAAACCAUGAUAGAAGAGGAUAGUGAUCCUGUUUUGUGGUCUGAGCAGUUAGUCUCUGUGCAAACUAGCACAUGCAUUAAAUCCAAGUUCAGGCUUGCCAGAUUGCUGUGUGUGCAAGAAUUAAAAUAUCUCGUCAAGAACUUGGAGCUUCCAAAUUAUUACAGUAUACAGCCAAUUAAACUCUAUCUGCUGCAAAGAACAAAAUGCAUUCUCUGUACUGUUUCUAGCUCUUUCAGGCUGUACAACGUGCCCAUGGAUGUUUCUCCCUCGGGCAUAUGUGGACCGUUCAAGCAGCCUGAAAAGGCAAAUCUUCUGGAGAUGCUAAUUGUUGAUGAGGCUGCACAACUCAAAGAGUGUGAGACCUUAAUUCCUUUGCAGCUUCCUGGUAUUACGCAGGCUGUUUUGAUUGGAGAUGAAUAUCAGCUACCUGCUUUGGUGAAAAGCAAAAUAGCUGACAAUGCUUUCUUUGGACGAAGUGUUUUUGAGAGGCUAAGUUUGUUGGGCUACAGUAAGCACCUUCUCAAUGUCCAAUACAGGAUGCAUCCAGAAAUAAGCAGGUUUCCAGUUGCUACAUUUUAUGAUGGCAAGAUAUCUGACGGCUCCAAUGUCACUAGUAAGAAUUAUGAAAGGAAGUUUUUAGCAAGCAAAAUAUUUGGGCCAUAUUCGUUUAUUAAUGUAGAUGGGGGUCAUGAAACAGCUGAGAAGAAUGGUCGUAGCCUGAAAAACACAAUAGAAGUUGCUACAGUUUUGAGAAUAGUUCAGAGAUUAUUCAAAGAAGCAGUUUCUACACAAAGCAAGCUCUCUGUUGGUGUUGUGUCCCCAUACAAUGCUCAAGUUAGAGCUAUCCAGGAGAAAGUCGGUAAAUUUAUCAAAAAUGGACUCGAUGCAUAUAAGCCGGCCAAGGUUUCAGAAACCAAGGCCAAACUACCGUUCAUGAGAAGUCUGAAGCUUGCAAGAUUCAGUUUGUCUGGACGCUUGAAAUAUCGUAUGGCGUCGGUGUCAAGGCUUGUUUGUUCAGUUGUCACUCGGGUUUGCCGAAGGAAGAAAACCAUGUGUGUUACUGUUAGUAUUGUGUUGCUGACAAUGUGAGCCCUACAUUUUGUUGAACCAUAUGAGCUUUUGAUGCACGCUGGUUGCUCAAGCUCACUUAUCACUUGUGUUACUUGACAAAUCAUACUCCGUAACUUUUUGUACUGUAUUAGUAUAAUCCAAUGCCAUUCUCUGGAUAA